AUGGCUAAUGAUCAAGAUCCCAAUAAGUCUCUCAUUAGUGAGGUUUUGACCCGAAGUAUGUCCGAGUUUUAUGAUGAUGAUGAUGAUGAUGACGAUGAUGACGACAGUGACAUGUGCAGGACAAAUGAUGAAGGAGAAGAUGUUUUUGAUCUUCCAUUAAAGAUAGGAAUGUCCCAAAGUAGGAAUUUUUCCGAAGUAAACGACGUGUCAGAUCCGUUAUCCAAUCUGCAUGGUCCGUCCAAGAAAGUUAGGUUCGAACAACAAAGGCAACAGCAACAGCAGCAACAACAACAGCAAAUUCAUAACGACUUCAGCACAGAUAUGAGCUUGAAGAGCCCGUCUGGUAAAAAAAUGGGUGUGGAGCAGCUGAUACAAUCCGCCAAUGAGAUCAACGAUUACCUCGCCAAUAACAUUGACAAAGUGAAUAGUUUCAACUCAGAACUUUUGAGCAGCAGCGGCAAACUACCUGGGAGAGCAAAGAGCGACACAGCAACGCAGGGUACCGGACGCUUAGACUCUAUGUCUAAUUUUGCCCUGAGUGAUACCGACCUGGACAAUGAUGACGAUAAUUACCUAUUGGAUCCCUUAGCAAAUGCUAGCUCCAGUACCCCCACAGUGGAUCGCCAUGGCUAUAGCUUAUUGGACGAGGCCUUUUCUGCCUCCGAUAAGGAGAAAAUAUAUACGAAUAAGGUCAAUUCAAAUAGCCAAAUAGAUACUGAUAACCACUCUUCCGAGACUGCAAACACUACCAAUGAUGACGAGACAGAUGACACUGGGUCCCCUGAGGUCCUAGACUACACAAAAUUUGAUUCCUUUCCCUAUCCUCCGUCCUCUGCUUCCAAGGAAGAACCGCCAGAUUUGAAAGUAUUAAGCAUCGAAUGUGAACAAGAAAACGAAAAAGAACUACGACGAAUAUCCUUGUUAUUGGACAAUUACGAAUCAAUACCAAGGAUACCAGACCUGUCAGACGAGGAGGCUCUUUGCAAAUUCCGUGAGAAUAUUGAACUGAUUUUACAACUAUCCAAAAAGAUUGAUGAGGAUGUAAACACUUUAGCCGUCUCCUCAGAGGAUCCUCAAAAAUUUGUUAAUUUUAUAAUGAAAAAUCCACCUUCGCUAUCAUUUAAAGAUUUUAUUGAUAGAAUCCAAAACAAAUGCAUGUUUGGUUCCGUUGUUUAUCUUGGUGCCACCUAUCUUCUCCAGCUAGUAUUUCUUACGAGAGACGAAAUGAACGGUCCCGUCAAAUUAAAGGCUAAACUGCAAGAGGACCAAGCCCAUAGGGUCAUUAUAUCUGCAAUCCGAAUUACCACUAAGCUACUUGAAGACUUUGUACAUUCGCAAAACUAUAUCUGCAAAGUGUUCGGUAUCUCAAAAAGACUUCUUACUAAACUGGAAAUCUCUUUCAUGGCAAGUGUGAACUUCGACGGAUUAAUGAUCACCUGCGAGAAGUUGGAAAAAACAUUGCAUAUUCUCGAUGACACAAGAAAAGCAUUAGGAAACACAUGA